AAUGACAGCUCUGUGAACGUGAACGAAAGAAAUUUGAUGUUUUUAGCCGGUGAAAGCAUGUAAAACCUUGACUCAAUGGCGAGUUUUAGGGACCCCGCUACAGGGCUUCGUUAUCAAACCAGUGUUGUAAAUUAUCUAAAGAAGAGAGAGUUUAACAUCGGUGGAGACUGGCGGAGAGAUUUAGUGAAAGGGCGGCUGGCCCAGGCGAAGAGUCUGUAUCGUCGUGAUUUGAUCGGGCACUUUGGCUGUGUGAAUGCUAUAGAAUUCUCGCACGGAAAUGCUGAGUGGAUUGUCUCUGGGGGUGAUGACAGGCGUGUUCUGGUGUGGAAGGUACAGGAGGCUUUGUCAGGAAUUGACCAUCCCAAAGCCAUGAAGGGCCAGCACAACAGUAACAUCUUCUGUCUCAGCUUUGAUCACAACAACACCAAGAUAUUCUCAGGCGGUAAUGAUGAGCAGGUGGUGGUUCAUGAUUUUGAAACCGGGGCUACUGUGGAUGUGUUUCCACAUGAUGACGUGGUGUAUGGUUUAAGUGUGGACCCUAACAAUGAUAACGUGUUUGCCAGUGCGGCUGAUGAUGGCAAAGUGAGGAUAUGUGAUAUUAGGGAGGAGGCUAAGAGCGAUGAUGCCAUCUUCUGCCUAGCGGCCUGCCGCUCCUCCAUGCAUGCUGUGAUGUAUAACCCUGCGGAGCCUCGUCUGCUGCUCACAGCCAAUAACGAUGAGGGAGUGGGAUUGUGGGAUAUCAGGAGACCCAAAAAAUGUCUGAUGAAGUAUGGUGGUGACCUGGGCCGGAAGCAGCAACAUGACUGUAUGAGUGUGCGACUGAACCACCUAGGCACACAGCUGAUUGCUCUCUAUAGGCGCCGCCCCCUCAUGCUGUAUAACAUCAACAGCCCCACCCCUGUCUGUAAGUUCAGCAGCUCAAGCACAGAGUACCUCAACUGCUGUACCAUGAAGAGCUGCUGUUUUGCAGGAGACAAAGACCAGUAUGUACUGUCAGGUUCUGACUUAUUCCAUGUGUUUAUGUGGGAAGUACCAGACAUGGACAAACCCACUCAAGCCUCCUCAGUCUACCAUGUCCACAGCACUCACAUGCUACUGAAGGGCCACAGGUCUAUUGUCAACCAGGUUCGGUACAGCAAUGCCAAUCAUCUCCUGGUGUCGUCAGGGGUGGAGAAAGUUGUCAAGAUCUGGAGCCCUUUCCCAAUGCCUGGAGGAGAUGGUAAUCUGAAAGACGAAAACAGCUCGACACGCCCUGAGCGAGUGCGUUUUAGCCAGGAGCAGUCUAUGAGUAUCGUGCUGCGUCAUGACAUGAUGCAUGACUACAGUAAUGGUAAUGUAGAAGAGGACCCCCAUAUGAUGGCCUUCUUUGACUCCCUGAUUCAAGCUGGGGGUGACCCCUGGAGCUCGGAGGAUGAUUCGAAUGAUGACUUUGUACUGCUUCCGUAUCGUCGGGCAUCAGACGAUAGUGACCGGUCAAGCCUUAGCACUUUUAGUGACAGUGACCCUCUGCCCACAAGACCUCAGGGGUCUCCGAGAAACUUGACAGUCCCUAGCCUGGAGAGUGGUUUUCACCCCUCGUCUUCCGCCACCUCCUCCUCUCCUGUGAUGAGCUCCGACAGCACCACUUUACAGCUGUCAUUCAACUCUGUUGCUAAUCACUCCAGGCAUUUGGAGUCCACAGACAGUGACGCACCAUACCGUGCCAGGGCGAAGAAAGCGGUGAGGCGUUUGCGACAGAUGAGAACCAGGGUGCUGAACAGUGAUACAAGUGACAGUGAUGAGGCAUCAGACGGAGCCACAACCUCACAGGACAUAGCGAGUUCUAGUGCGGACAGUAAGAGCUGUGACACAAGCGCUACACAUGAGCAUGAUGGUGAGGAUACAUGUGAUUAUGAUGUGUCAUGGAGCCAUAGGGGGGCAACAGAUGAUGCUGAGGGUACAAAAAACAGUGUCGAAAAUGAAAGCUGUGGUAGUUGUGUCAGUCAGGUGACAGUAACAGUAAACAGUGGCAAACUGGAAUACGUGAAUGCAAACAGUGUGUCUCAUACAGUGAACAGACCUGUGAAUGGAAAAGUUCACGACUUAGUGAAUGGGCAGGAAUGUUUUGCUGGGCAGAGUGCAAGGGGAGAUAAUGUAUCAGAAUCUGUGACAAGGGAUACAACUGCGGAUGAAACAGUCAAUGGCAAUAACAACUGUGCUGCAUCAACCUCCACCAGUUCUGCAGACCAUAACUUCCCAUGUACUCAAACUGUUAGUGACAAUCAUGAGGUCCCAGAAAAGCCAAACUUUAGGAAACUGAAAAACCGCAAAGUCUCCUGUGGUCGCCGUCAGUAUCGCAGACAUAGCAGUGGCAGUAGUCAACAUCAAUCCAGUGGGGAGGAUGGGUAGUGGGGAUAAUGUUAUCUGGGUUUAGGCUUGAGCAAGAUUAUUUAUGAACAUAUGGGUAAAAGAAAUUGUGAAUAUUUACAAGUCAGUAUGUAUGAGAGGUUCUUGAGACGAAAAUUUAAGGUCAAAUAAUGGGAUGUGAGCCAACAUACACUGUAAGCUGUCAGUGAGGCAGUAAAAACCAAAUUUUCUCUGUUUUACUGUUGGUUGUCAGGUUACCCAGGGACUUUAUACUUCAAUUCAGCAGCUGACACCCAAAAAAGUACAGAAAAAUAAUCAUGAGUCUCACAACACAAUUGUAAUACCCUAAUUUUAGAUAACGUUGAUAUUUGUCAAAAUAAAUAUAUGUAAUGCCAAGUUAUAGUGGAAUUCGUUUGUUUACCUGAUGUAAGAGCUAAAUGGAUUCAUUGAUGUGCAUGCUUAUGCAGAGAAACUUGUGCUGAUUGCUGUAACAUGCAUGUAGCCAUGAGGCAAAUCAAUGUUGAAAUUUCUAAAUGAGAUCAUCGUGCAAAGAAAAAGCUUAUUUAUAUAGACAGCUCUACUUUAUGAUGGUUGAUGUAUCUUAAGACCACCUUAGAUGUACUGAUGUUGACCAUCCAUGGCGAAUGUUGCUUGUUACAGCUUCUUGUCUUCAUUGAGGGGAAAAACCUGUGAAGAGCUGA